UUUUUUGUAAAGUUUUAUGAUGAAAGAGGGGGAGUGAAUAAUCAAUAUGGAAACACUCUUGCUUGUUUUGACCUAUGUCAUAAAUGGAUGUGUAUUUGGAUUUCAUCCCUUGUGUUUUUUUAUUUGCUAGAGGAAAGGUGUAAUUAUAGCCCCGUGGAGUCAUGGACUCCAAGCAGCUGCAGUCAGAUGGAAAAUGGAGACAGUUUCUCCUAUUGGCCCCAAGUCCUGUUUGCCACCUCUGACCAUAACUCUACCAACGAUACCCCAAGUCAUCAGACUACUGCUGAUGAUUGGGCCGCCUCCUGCUGGGAUUCCUCACUCCACAAGGAAACUCCUCAGGCGUCCCCCUAUUAUGAGUGUUUCCAGACAUAUUCCCACAGAUUGUACCCAGAGCCCCCUGCUUACCUGUCCAGACAGGCUCUGUCAUUCUCUCAGGAGACAGACGAAUCCUCCUGCCAACGACACCCAUUAUCCUUUUCCCUCCGACUACCAAACCGUCUUUCUGAUCAUCAAACUCCACCCUGCAUUAGUUCUGCAGGGACGUUAAAGCCGGCUUCCACGCUCAAUACAUUCCCAAACGACAACGGCCCUGAUGAAGUGUUUGCCUCCACAGCAGAGCAGCCUGAAUCUCAUUCUGCAGCUUGUCGCACACUAUUACCCUACUCUGAUAAACGUAAAGAGACCGUGAACUCAUCAAGUGCAGGUAAUGAAGACGAAGCUAUCUGGGAUAUUAGUACCAAUGAAGCGGAGAGCCUUGUACCUUCAGGCGGUGGAGAGGAGUGGAGACAGAGUGUGUCUAGCCCCUCAGAAGAGGAUGCUGAUGUUGUAGAAGAACAUCCGCACCCAGAGCUAAACGCAGCUGAAACCAAAAGGCGACACCUGCCUCCGUCUGACUUUGUAACAACAGACACGGGCCAAAUAGGAGCUGAAAUAGCUGCAGGGGAGCUCUCAGAGGGACCCCUAGUUCAGUCUGAAGCCACCAAAUUUAUCCCGGAGGACAACAACGCUCACGACCUGGAUAAAUCUGGCUUCAUAGCUGUGGCAGUGGACUGCAGAGCAGAAGCAGGCACAGAGGAAAACAUUAAGCAUGAUGUGGACCCUAAACAGCUGAACUGCUUUCACAUUCAAGACACUGAAUUACACAAAUUAAACUCAGAUGCACAAAAGAUAGAAGAGGUCAGACCUUUGCCUAGAUCUGCUGGUAAGUUAGUUUUCUUGUAUUCUCCACAUUGA